AUGAGCAAGUUCAGCGAGCCUUUCAUAUUGCUCGGCGUCGGCUUAGCUGUCAUCGGUCUGCGCACCUAUGCGCGCGCCAAAGCCGUCGGGAUCAAGAAUUUCAUGGCGGAUGACUAUUUGAUGCUAAUAGCAGUUCUACCAUACGUGGUCGAGAUCGUUCUCGCCUACAUCGUAGUCGUGAGGUGGAAAGCUCUCGCGAACAACAGCAUGACGGGUGCACACCGAGCCACCCUCGACCCUCACGGCGAAGAACACAUGUUGAGGGUCAAUGGCUCGAAAGCCUCAGUCGCCUAUUGGGUUAUCUACACCUUAAUAUUAUGGAUCAUGAAGUUUGCCAUGCUCGUAUUCUGCCUUCGUCUGACCGAACGACUGGGCAAAUACAGGAGACGAAUACAGUUUGGAUUUCUCUUCGUUGGGAUCACGUGGAUGAUCGUGUUUUGCUGCAUCAUGUUAAGCUGCCGGCCACUGAACCGAUAUUGGCAGAUGUACCCCGACCCUGGUGUGGUCUCUCCGAUCAACCUCUUCGUCACGCUGAGCCUGAACGUCGCGACCGAUAUCUACAUCCUGGGCAUACCACUACCGAUCCUGUGGAUGGCCAACAUCAAAAUUUGGAAGAAGCUGGGCCUCAUCACGCUGGUAUCGGGUAGCAUCUUCGUGAUCACGGUGGCCAGUAUUCGCUGUUACCUUAUUUUCUCCAAUACAAGGACGGGCGCUCGGCAAGCGGGCCCGUGGACGGUGCGGUCCACCUUCGUCUCGAUCGUGACGACCAAUCUGCCCUUGCUCUUCCCACUAUUUCGUAGGUGGAUGACACCGGCCCUGCACCUAUUUUUCGGUCGGAGAUGGAGCGAGGAGAACAUGCGAAGCUUGCGGACCAUCACAACUCUAGUUGAAGAGCCUAUUGUGACGGGUCAGCUCCAUGAUAAUGCUCCACAUUCCAGGAGUGCAGACAGCCCGACCGCAAUGGUCAUUAUUCCGGUCAAGAGCGUGGAGGAUGUGGACGUGGAAGAUAUACCCCUUGACAUUAGUAGCAUUAGCGAGGCGAGUGGAGGUAGCGGUGCAGGAAGUGUGGCCAACAUGGUUUGA